AAUAACAGCCUUCUUCCAUUUCCUUCUCCACUUGAAACGUUGUUGAUAGUGUAACGAGGUUGUUUUGGGCAUUUAACGCGACUAAACUGUUCUUUGUGCCUAUUACUAUUCAGACAUGUAUGUACGACCACAUCUCGUCGUGUUUCUGUGGUGUGCGAUGUUAACUGAAGGACUGACAGAAGGCAGGCGCCUGCGCACGAGACGCGGCGUCUGUGAGAACGGGACUUACCGGCACGAGGGAAGAAGUUGCUGCCUUUGUCAGACAGGUCAUCGGUUCUUAAGUCACUGCACAGAUAAAAAUGACACAAAAUGUGAGAGGUGUGAGCAUGGCACCUAUAUAGAUCACCCGAACAAUGAUGACAAAUGCCAGCCUUGUAAAAUCUGUGAUUCCAAUGCAAACAUGGACAAAAUGCUGAACUGUUCGUCAUCUUCCAACACUGUCUGCAGGUGCAAGGGCAAUUAUUACUGUGACAAGGGUGACCUGUGCAAGGCCUGUUAUCCCUGUGACACGUGUGAGAAACAUGGAGUGAAAGAAAAAUGUACAGAAACCACCAACACUGUGUGCCAUGAUGCCGAAGAGCCCGUACAUCUGCAAGGGGUCAUUGUAGCUGUUUUGGUGUCACUCAUACUUGUGGCUGGUGUUGGUGUGGUGGUCUUUUGGCUAUGUAGAAAACGCAAGUAUCGUUUUAAGGGCAGACCGAUCGAACCAGCAGUACACCUAACAGAUUUAGACCUGGACCCUUACCUACUAGAUAUUGUUGAAGUUCUGGACUGGAAAACAGUGAAACGUGUUGUCAGGCGCAGCGGCAUGAGAAAUGCGGAAAUUGAGGAACAUGAGCUUAACAACAAAAACGAUGUGAAAGAACAGAAAUACACACUUCUGCAGGCUUGGUCCCAGAGACAAGGUUUACGUGGAGCCUACCCAGCUCUCAUCAAAACUCUGCAUGAAAUGAAGCAACGAACAACAGCAGAUGAGAUCCAGACAAUUGUUGAGAAAGGACAGACUGAACGAGGUGUGAAUUAAAGAUGCAAGAUGUUAAAAUAUAGGACUUUGCCUUGAAAUUAGAUCUGGAGGAAUAUAGAUAGCAUUUCUAAAUAACAGCCAUAUUGUGAUUUUAUUUUUUUCUUGCUUAAAUAAUGUUGAUCAUUAAAAACAAAAAUUCCAGAUAUGAAUUGUUUGCUAUAUUUGGUCAUUGACAGGUCAUAUAUAGGUCAUUUUAGAAUGAUCUGUAAAGGCAAACAGUUGGAGUCAUUCAAUCUUGUUUCGGUGUCAAAUUUCCUUUUCUCUCAGUAUACCUCCACCCUGAUUUUAUUUGAUAAUUCAAUGUUAUUUUUAAUGACUUUUUGUUUAUACUCAGGGCUCACAAAAUCGCUAGCCUAACAUCACAGGGCUAUUGUGUUUUCCAGUCAGGCUACCAAAAUGUAUCACCGCAAUCUUAAAUACAGGGUUCCCGAGGGUCCUUAAAAAGUCUUCAAUGCAGUUGUAUCAAAUUUAAGGCCAUGAAAAGUCUUAAAACAGUGGUUCUCAACCUUUUUUACUCUAAGGCCCCCCUCCUCUCCGAAUCAGUACUGCAAGACCCUUCGAAUGUGGUGGACGGCUUAUGUAUAGCGGCCCAUAGAAACAGUCGCUAAUGAGGCAUCUAUGUUUACAUUUCUAUGGCAUUGAAUAUGCAUUUUCAAUAAGUCUGCUAUUUAGAUCAAUGUGAAUAAAACCGAAGUUUAAACUAAUAUGGUUUAAAACUUAUGAUUUCAGCGCAAUAAACAUGAUAAUCAGAACCAAAACAGAUGUUUUUUAGUAGGUAUGAGCUGUAAUGGCCCAGCUAUAUUCUGGAAAAGGGGGCGGGGAGCAGCAGCUCAUUUGCAUUUAAAGAGACAGGCACGAAAAACAGC